UCGUAAAAAUGGCGGCCGCCAUCGAGAGCACAGGACGAUCGUCGUCAGAGAACAUUCUGACUGAAGUGAGGAAGUUUCUAAGAGGUGCCAGUAAUGAACGUCCCAUGGGAAGAGAGAGUCACACCAAAUCGGCUCUAUACCUACUGCAAACCCUGCCCACCGCCAGAUUCGCGGUGUUGGAGCAUCUCUGCAGCGUGUUUGAUGAAGCAGUCAGUGAACAUUUAAUGCAGCUCAUGUUGAAUAACUCAGAAAACCCAGUAGAUGAGAAUCGCGGUCAUUUGGAUGGUGUGAUACAAGAUGCCUGUGGAGUUUUGUUCAACUUCAUCAAGACCGGUCCCCAGGCCUGGGCUCCCAUUAUCUCUAGUUGGUCACUGGAGCUGCUUGGUCAGAUCAGUCAGAAGUAUGCAAGUCACCGAGUGGUGCCCCACGCUAACUCACUCAACGAACUUCUACAGCUGUGGAUGACCUGUACUCCCACCAAGUCACUUAUGGAGGUGGCAACUGAGUGUUUUGCAGCUAUGAUACAGGGUGCCCCAGACACCUGUGUGGAUGCCCUGCUUGAAGCCUCAGUGAAGUACAGUCCACACUUUGACUGGGUGGUUGCUCACAUAGGCUCGUGUUUCCCUGAUACAAUUAUAACCCGAGUGCUGAUGUGUGGCCUCAAGGACUUCUGUCACAAUGGUGGUAGGUCAGCUGACAUGGAAAUGAUGUCCGAGGAAAGGAUACCUAAGAUGGCGUCUGUUGUAGGAAUUCUUGGGCAUCUGGCUUCCAAACACAGCCAAGAAAUACGUCAGGCCUUGAUGAAACUGUUUGAGGACAGUCUAAACACCAACAGUGAUACCCUGAAGGUUACUACUGUACCAUUCCUCCUUCAGCUGGCCUCCAUGUCACCCAUGCUGCUCCAAAUCCUUACUACUGACCUCAUACAGGCCUUGACUCCUAGUGUCCUUAACAAGCUCAGCAGUCAGUUUGCUAAUUGGAAAGGAUCAAGUUCUCAUGAAUAUGAAAGUUUCCUGACCCUUGUGAUCCACCUAAUCACCAUGAUAGAUGUUGGGUCCUACCAGGUCCUCCAGUUCUUUCUCAACAUGGCCGAGCCUCGCGAGAAACCUGGAGUGGAGGCGCCAAACACAGAGGUGCAGCAGACGUGUGCUGUACUGCUGAAUCGUUUGGUGACAGAACUCCAGAGAGCUGUAUUUCAUCGUCAUAGAGAUGGCAAGAGUGAUGUCCCUUUGCUAGCCUCUCUAACUCCCCAGGCUAUCCUCAUCACAGAAAUGUUACUGAACAGUCAGGGACAGAAGGCUGAAUGUCUGGUGAAGCUGUUGUCCUUUGUCGGUCUGUAUAAUGGCGAGGACUGCACUGCUGAGAUCCUCGCCUACAUCAUCACAGAGUCCAAGGAAUGGCACCAGCUGAAGCGGUUCCUGGAGCUACAGUUGGUGAAGGAGGUGAGACUGGGGGACAUCCUAGGUCGUACCACCUGUAAACUGAUGGCCUACCUCCAGCCUCCCAUUGUCUACUGUCCUCAACGCCUCCUAAAGAAUGUCCUCAUCCUACUACAGCGGGAGAGUAAAACUGAGAACAACUCCGUUAUAAGAUCCACUUUGCUGUUUUAUAUGAGAGAAAACUGGGAGUCGCUGAUUCCACUUUUAUCUCACACUGAUCUCACCGUUACCAUGACAACUCUCAAGAUUCUGGAGAUUGUCUGCCUGACCAGACCAAUGUCCAGUGUAUCAGCCAUCAGGGUAUCCUCAGCCCUCAUUAUUGUGUUCUUCAAGUCACUCGAGUUGACAGAUCCCCAUGAAGCCCAGCUGUCAGUACGUGUGUGUAAGCAGUGUCUCCACCAGCUCUGUCAUCACAGCUUUACCCAGUGUAUCCUGUUACGCUUCCUACUGGAAGGACUCACUAACAGAGAUACCUCCUUCCUGUUUGGUGCUAAGAGGAGGACCAGUGACCAGACACAGCACAGGGAUCAGCAUCCAAAAGUGUCAUUACUGGAGGAAAAUAGCAAACUGGGAACAACACUGACACUGCCACGGUCACAGUCAAGUGUGUUCCAUGCCGGAAUUAUUGGUAGUGGACUAAGGUCAAGGUCAUCAGGUACAGGUUUACUUCAGGAACAUGUAAAACGUAACAAGAGGUGUCUCCUUGAUAUUUUACACACCUGCUCCAGGCAGAAUUUCCAUCACAAUGUAGAUGUUGCUAUGGAAACUGAUGCUGUCCACUCAGUUCCACUUCGUGCUAAAGUCCGCCCUCUGACCUUGUCUGGUGACCUUUGUCGUAUGAUUGGCAGUCUGGUCACAGAAUUGACCACACCAGAUGUAUUAUAUAACAACCGGUUCUGGCCUGAGGAGGACUCCCUACGUUUUACUGUGGAAAGAGAUCUGUAUGUUUGGAAAGUUUUUGAAGAAAACCCUGUGUUAUGGGAUGUGAUAGAGUUAUUCUCAGGCAACUCCCUUGCCAUGUGUCGGUGCUCACCAGUGCUCAAAUCUUUAGUGGCUGCCCUAAUGAACCACUUUGAGUGUUCACGACUUCCGCAUGCCAACGACACACCAAAACAGAACGAGUCUGCCUGUCGUCUCAUACACUGUCUCUCCAGAAGCUUGCUUCUUCCCGAUCCUCUGAAGUAUGUGUCAGAGUUAUUUGCCCUUGUCACGUCAUAUGAAGCCUACCUUAUAUUACUGGCUGUAUGGAAGUAUAUGAAGGAAAAUCCUCCCACAGAGGACCCAGAGGAAGCUAAGCGACGAGUUUGUGAAACCCGCCAUACAGAUGUAGUGAGAGCUAUCCUCCACAGUAAUAUAGACAAAAUGGGCCACCUCUUCUUCAGGUUCUUUAAGGAAUAAUAAUUGGAGAAAGCACUUUAAAAUAGGCCGGAUGUUGUCAUAAUAACAAGGAGUGAUAAACGGUGUACUUUUAUAUAGGCCGGACAUUUCCAUAACAACAAGGAAUGAUAUGCAGAGGAAGGACGUUUAUAUAGGCCGGACAUUUCCAUAACAACAAGGAACGAUAUGCGGAGAAAGGACGUUUAUAUAGGCCGGACAUUUCCAUAGCAACAAGGAACGAUAUGCGGAGGAAGGACGUUUAUAUAGGCCGGACAUUUCCAUAGCAACAAGGAAGAAAGUAUAAACAGUGUGACCACUGAUGAUACAGCAGUCUAUAUAGAGUACAUGGUACCGUGGAAGAAGGAUGUGACCUGACAUUGUAGACAAUAUCAUAUUUAUUUAAUAAAGAUACAUAAUAUUCAUAUAA